AUGAUUAAGAAUGGAUCCACAAAACAUCGUGAACCCCAAUCAUCGGAGACAGUUCAUAAUUUCGCUGCUCGGGUUUUCCAAGACGAAGUUCAGGACUUGUUGAAUACAUCGAAUCUUCGGAGCACCCCCACCCUCUUUGGCCGGGAUACCCAGAAGCAGGGCGAUAACCUCGAGAAUCCUGGAGGAUAUUUGAAUAUCAUCGCCAUGUCCAAAAUACCCGGAGAGCCUGUCACUGAGCAUACUGAUCUAAGCGAUGCGGGAGUUCUUGAGACGAAACGAUGCGAGCGCGAGGGUCCUCGAUAUGCAUUCGACGAGAAAAACUCUGUCGUUCAAUCAGAACCAUCUUCUCUGUAUACCCGAAACGGGAUCAAAUCUUAUUACGACAACACUUUGGGUCCAGUAGCUCACGUUGCGCGCUCCAACAAGAAGCGAUGGGAACAGAGCCUCACCAAGCGGUCGGAUUCCGCCACCACGUACCAAAUUAAGACCGAGGCUCCCUACUACGACGCCAUCCAUAACGACACAUGUGUUCUCACCCCGGAUGUGACAACGGGUCCUUAUUUAUGGCCACGUUCACAGACCUUGCGACAGGAUAUUAGUGAGGACCAGCCAGGUAUCCCGUUGUGGCUGGACAUUGGGGUUAUGGACAUGGCAACUUGUGCGCCACUAGAUGGCGUACUAGUUGAUAUUUGGCACGCCAAUGCGACCGGCAGCUACUCGAGCUUUACUGGCAUAUCAGCGGAUAAAACGUUCGUCGAAACUGUGCAGGAGAAGAACAUAACCCGCGAGAACUCCCACGAUACUGAUUUGCAUACUGACAAUGCCACCUUUGGCCGUGGAAUGUGGCCAACUAAUAACAAUGGUAUUACGGAAUUGAAGACGAUUUUCCCCGGAUUCUAUGCUGGAAGGGCCGUUCAUAUCCACGUCCAAGUCCACACUGAUUGGUCAAUUCGGGAGAAUGGCACCAUGGCGGACGGAAACACUGUGAGUACGGGACAGCUUUACUUUGACGAGUCUUUGGUGGAGAGGAUCAUGGCCGAGGAGCCAUAUUCAUCCCAUAAGGCAGUUCAGCGUGUCACCAAUGCCGAAGACCAUAUCGUUCCUAAGAGUUUCCAAGGAGGCUUUAGCCCCAUAAUGUCUGUAGUUCCUGUUGAUGGGGAAGACGUGACAAAAGGAAUGGUCGGAUAUAUCACUCUCGGGGUCGAUACGGAGGCGGUGCAAUCUAAGAAGUGA